AUUAAAUAAAAACACCCUUUAAAUAAAAAUUUCUCUAUAUUAUUACCCCAACCCCCAAAAUUCAAAGCUAUCAACCAAAACCCAUGGGCGAGGAAGAGAAAAACGAGCCAAUUACCUUCCCGAAGCUCAGAUUUCCAUUUCUACCCCUAUCCUCCGCCGCCACGCAUUCGCCGGACCACCACCACCAGCCGCCGCCGCUCGAGACCCAGGCUUCGGUGCCGUUCAAGUGGGAGGAGCAGCCCGGGAAGCCCCGACCCUGCACCGACAUCAUAACUGUACCCGAACCCGGAUCCGGACCCGCCAAGCUCCCGGAGCCCCCUCCUUGCCGGCUAAUGCUCCUCGCUGACUCCGGCGGCGGGAGAAUUACCAAGAUGCCCUCGCCCACCACGGUUCUCGACGGACCGUACGUGUACAGCGUGGUCCGGCCAAGGUUCUCCUCCUUCCGGCUCUUCAGGGAGCCGUUUGACGGCGGCGGCGACAGCCCCCGCGGCUCCGUGGACGGGCUGGUCGGAGACGGUGGGGCCCACAAGAGAAAGGGGUUUCUUGGCCGGGGCUUGAGGUUCAAGGGCGAUGGGAGAUUGAUGGAAAGUGGCAGGGGUAGUUUGGGGUUUUCAUCACCGGCCUCGGCUGAGGGGAAGCUGAAGAGAAAUGGAAGCUUUACGAGCCUCUCACAACCUGCGUCUCCUCGUCUCUCUGAUUGA